GGCUCAAGCACGACCAACGUGACGAUGAAUUUCUUUGGCGCCUUCUUUGCGCUCGCCAUUUGCGCGACCUGUGGAUUAACCCAAGCGGAUAUAUCACUCAAGCUCCGACAGCAGCAGCAGCAACAGAAGCAGCAGCCUCUGAUCAUCAAGGAACAGUACUACAAGACGGGCGGCGGCCCCAGCGGCGGUGGCUUCCAGGAGAGCAAUUACGCCAAUUCCGGCUAUCAAAUCUUCGAGGUGCACAAUCACUAUCAGGGCAAGAGCCACGCCUAUCUGCCGCCCUAUCAGCAGGGUCAUAAUGGGGCCGCUCUUGACGACAGUCUGGAUGUGUCUUUCCUGGGCUUAGCCGAUUUUGGCCAGUCUGCACCAGUAGCGCCAUCUGGUGCUCCCGUGGCAGUCUCUGUGGCUGCCCCAGGCCCAGCUUCAGCACCAGCUUCAGCACCCGUUUCCGUGCCCUUCCCCUCAAGCUACCAGCAUAACUUCCAGCGAACGCAGCCACAGGCUGUCGCUCAGUCAUCCUCCUCCUACUGUCUUGGCGCCCAGCCCUAUUUGCCCCCUACUUCGGCCACGCCCAGUGUCCAGACACAGCAACAGCAGCAAGAGCAGCAGCAACAGCAGUACUCUCAGCAGAGCUACGAGGCUCCGGGAUAUCUGCCACCUGCCACCGCCACGGAAGUUUUAAGCCCAGUAACAAACUAUCGGGCACCCGACUAUCUGCCUCCCACAGCCUCCUACCCCCAACAGCAGCAAGUGCAGCAGCAGCAGCAGCAACAACAGCAGCAGCAGCAGAGAGUCUCUCAGCAGCAGCAGCAGGUGCAGCAGGUGCAGCAACAGGCACCUGCAGCAGCACAAGAGUACCAAGCACCCGGAUAUCUGCCACCUGGCUACGACUUUGAGAAUCCCGAUAGGUUGCCCCUCUCGCUGAUACAGUCCCUGUCCGUUGCUCCUGUCCAGCAAGUGGCUCCGGUACAGGAAGUGGCUCCGGUGCAGCAAGUUGUGGGCGAUUACCGUGCUCCUGGCUAUCUACCACCUGGCUACGAUGAGCCCCAGCCCCAGCCCCAGCAGCAGCCACAGCAACAGACAAACAUAAUCUACCAGCAGCAACAGCCUCAACAGCAGCCCCAACAGCAGCAACAGUUGGUGGUGCCAGCCACUCAGGCCACUGUCGGCCAGAGCCAGACUGUGGCUCUGCCGGAUGGCUAUGACUUCGAGAAGCCCGAGAAUUCAGAGGCUGCCAUUGCCGAGCUGCACAGCCUGCAGACCCAGACGAAAUUACUCAAGCAGCAGCAGCAGUUGCAACUACAGUUGCAGCAACAGCAACAGCAACAGCAGCAACAACAACAACAGCAGCAGCAGCAGCAACAGCAGCACAGACAGCAGCAACAUAUUGUGGUCCAAUCUCAAUUGCAGGUAUCUACGCAGCAGCAGGGAUCCGAUAUUGUCUAUGGCCGACCAAAGGCGCAGCAGCAGCAGCAGCUGGUGGCAACAGGCGGAUACCAGGCGCAGCAACAAUACACUGCGCCCGGCUACCUGCCCCCAUCAGGGGCCGCAGUUCAGGCUCCAGUUUCCAUCUCCAUUCCACUGCCUUCUCCUGUACCGGUACCCGCACCCGCUCCCGCACCUGUGGCCGUUGUCCAUGCAACAUCGUCCGCCACACAACAACAGUACACAGCUGCGGGCUACUUGCCACCAGUGGCCAUUGCACCCGCUUCAGCUCCAGUUGCUAACCCACUGCCAGCUCCUGUCCCGGCUCCAGCACCAGCCCCAGCUGCAGCGCCAGUUGCCAUUGUCCAAGCAACAUCGACGGCCACCGCUUACCGAGCUCAGCAGCAGCAGCAGCAGCAGUACAACGCUCCUGGCUACCUGCCCCCAGUGACAGCCGCACUGCCCGCCCCAGCUCCCACCCAGGUAACGCACAUCCAUUCGCUGAGGAGCUACAUGAACACGGUGCAGCCUUUUGCCCGCUACGCCCAGCCAGUGCCUGUCCGCCAGCAACAUUACCAGCAGCAGCAGCAGCACCAGCAGCAGGUCAUAGAGGUGGCUCCCAUGUACCGCGAGCAGUCGAAGCGUCCCCGUUUCUAUGCCCCGGCCAUGUCCUAUGUGAGCAAUGCUGUGCCCCGUCAGCAGCACCAUCUGCACCAUCAUUACCAUCGCGUGGUGCAGGCUCCGGUGCAGGUCCAGGUGCAGCCCAGACCCCAGGUGAUCACCCAGAAACUGCAGCCAGUCGGUGCCGCACCCACACUGAGCCUGCGGGCGCAGCAGUCGCUGCAGAAGUUCAUGCCCAAGGAUGUCCAGGUGGCCGUGAACGUGGCCAUGGCUGCGUCGCCUGCGCCCAGUCCGCACCGCGGCAGCUCCCGCGUGCGCACCGUGCAGAUUGUCAAGCCGCAUGCGGUGCGUACCUUCAAGGUGCUGGAGACGAUCGAUCAGGCUGGCGUCAAGACCAUCAAGAUACUGGGCGCCACCAACGAGCGGCCCCAGGGGCAUCAUCAUGUCGUCAAGGUGGUCACCCAGGACGCGCACAGCGGCGCCGAGAAUCACGUGCAGACGGUGAAGAUCUACGACGACCUGCAGGCCUAUGCCCAGCCACCGGCAGCCAUUGUGCGCAACAAUGGCUACCUGCCGCCGAUCGGCGGGCGAGGGCGUCCCAGGACACGCAUCGUGCGUCAGACAUCGCCGUCCGGCGGCAAGACGCUGCGCCUGUUCCCCGUGCCCAGGGGCCUGUGA